ACAAAAACAUUGAUCUCUCACUUGAAACUACGCUUACAGUCCCUUUCAGACUGAAUUAAAGAUUGUACUAUGCAGUUCAACUACUGUGAUUCAAAGCCGACAAACUCUGUACAUGAACAAAAACUAGAUUCUAAAAAAAGGCCAGGGCUUGAGAAGGAACAAACAAAUAUUCAUGUUUCAAUUCACAUCAGGAGAAUUGGACCCGUGGAUGAAAGGAAGGAAGUAGUUUAUCUAAACUGCUAUUUCCGCCAAUACUGGAAGGACAGAAGAUUGGUUUAUAACACACCUAAAGUUAAAGAGUUAUCCCUAAACUACAACAUGAAGGAUUUUAUUUGGAGACCAGAUACUUACUUUAUCAAUGGAAGAGAAUCAUUUCUUCACAAAGUGUCAGUGCCAAACCGGUUUUUUAGGAUUAAAAGAUCAGGAGAAGUAUGUUAUUCACAGAGGCUGACAUUAUGUUUCGAGUGCAGGUAG